UAAAAAAUUGCACAUUUUGUUUUUUUUUGUUUUUGAAGCGUCUCUCUCUCUCUAUUCCCUGCGACGAACACUUGCUUCUCCGGUAAUCGCUGCCGACCACCAUUUUCCACCGGAAACGGUGCAAGGGUAACAUAACUUGGAAGAUCAAUAAUUGGCUAAACGAUCAUUUUCUAAGAUCAGCUUUUCUUAGGUAUCCUGAAGAAAUACUUAGUGUGCAGAUACUUUUGGCUAUAGCAACUGAUUUUUGCUGCUACUGAAUGAUUGAACCCAUGCCUGCUAUGAAGAAGAGUGCUGUCCAUGGUGGGAUUGGGCAUGUAUUCAACAAAUUGACAAGUGAAAUUGGAGAUCCUGUUGACUUUGAACUUCCAGAUUGGUUGAAUAAAUGGCAACCCACACCCUUUACCUAUAUAAAGCGUAAUAUAUACCUCACCAAGAAGGUUAAGCGGCGGCUGGAAGAUGAUGGCAUAUUUUGUUCCUGCAGUUCAACAGCAGGAUCUUCGGACGUGUGUGGCAGGGAUUGUCUGUGUGGCAUUUUGUGGUCUAGCUGCUCCUCAGGGUGUAAAUGUGGGAGUGCUUGUCUGAACAAACCAUUCCAUCAACGUCCUGUGAAGAAGAUGAAAAUAGUUAUGACUGAGAAAUGUGGCAGUGGGAUUGAGGCAGGUGAAGAUAUCAAGAGAAAAGAGUUUGUUAUAGAAUAUGUUGGAGAAGUUAUUGAUGACAAAACAUGUGAAGAGAGACUUUGGAAAAUGAAGCAUAGUGGGGAAACAAACUUUUACUUGUGUGAGAUCAAUCGGGAUAUGGUGAUUGAUGCCACUUACAAGGGCAACAAAUCCAGAUACAUUAAUCAUAGCUGUUGUCCAAAUACUGAGAUGCAGAAAUGGUUGAUGGAUGGUGAGACAAGAAUUGGCAUAUUUGCGACACGUGACAUUAAAAAGGGCGAGCAUCUGACCUACGAUUAUCAGUUUGUUCAAUUUGGCGCAGAUCAAGAUUGCCACUGUGGUGCUGUAAAAUGUAGGCGAAAGCUGGGAAUUAAACCUAACAAACGAAAACUUUCCUCUUCAGAUGCUGCAUUAAAGUUAGUGGCAUGUCAAGUUGCUGCGUCCUCUCCCAAAGUGAAAGCAUUGCUAUCUGUAAAACAUGGUUGUCAAACUGGAGUUCCUCCAAAAGGAAGUUGGAAUUGUGAUUCUGCUCAGAGAAUCCAGCGUCCUCGUAACUGCGUAGGUCAUCUUAUAAGAAUAAUUCGCUCUUGUGAUCAAAGGUCCUUUGGAAUUAUAAAACAGUUUGACAGCAUCACCAAAAAACAUUUGAUCAUGUUUGAAGACGGUAGUGUCGAGUACGUUGACAUGUCAACAGAAGAUUGGGAAUUUUGUAACUUUCUUGUGUAAUCAGGUCUUAGCUGUCAGGAUAAAGAUAUACAUGAUUCAACAUCUGCAGCAGAGAUGCGAUAUGUUGUUCAACAUCCAAAAUUGCAAUGGCCCGCUAGCUUUGUUUCUGUUGUACCAAAUGUAGCAUGUUUCCUCUCCCAAUUUCAUUUGUUGAUAUAAGUCUGCUGAUGUUAGUACUCUCCUUUAACUGGUGAUGGAAGUUCUGAUGAUUCUUUCCCAUGUAUAAACAUAACAAAUGUAACAAUAGGUCACCCCGUUCCAAUUGUAUCGGAUAUCUCCGAUAAACAAGUUGACUAUGUGGUUCAUAAUUCAAUAACUAGAGAGAAGAGAGAAAUUCGUUAGCUCUCUAUUUUUGUACCUUGAUUGCUCGUGUAUUGUGUAAAGUUUGCUGAAUUUGGAUA